CGUUACCAGUCUACACCUUGCUGCUGUGCACACCGAACACUGCCAGUAACAUUUCUUCAGUGGGCGCCCGAUUGAGAUAGCACCGAGUAGCGAGUAGACUUCGUGGCAAAAAUGGCUGGAGCGGAGAAACGUGUACGAUUCAAGCAAGAUGAGCUACAAGUAACAAGUGUCCAUCAGCUAGGGCCCACAGCUGUGUACAUCUCGGUAUUGUUGGUGAUCGUGUCAGGUCUUCUCACGCAGUUCCUUGCCACUCGAUUACCGGCGGCCCUCACGGUGGCGGAUCUGGAAGGGGCUCCAAACACUUUCAUUGCUGAGCGCGCCUGGACUAGCUUGAAAACGUUAAAUGAUAUCGGUCCCAAGCCGGUGGGCAGCCAGGCGAAUGAGGUUAUGGCCCACGAGUUCCUGUUAAAGGAAUUGCAGAGCAUUACGGCCACGAAACAUCCUAACCAGCUAGUGGAGAUCGACCAGCAAACGGUUACCGGAGUGUUUAACAUUUCCCUCCUGGAUCAAUCAAUGACCAGCAUGUACCGGAAUGUCCAGAACGUGGUGGUUCGAUUGGCCGGGAAAGGAGCGCAAUCGCUGCUGGUCAAUUGUCAUUUCGAUUCCGUCGCCAGCAGUCCGGGGGCAAGCGAUGACGGGGCCAGCUGCGCGGUGAUGUUGGAAGUUUUGCGCGUUUUAUCGCGCAGCUCAGAGCGCAACCGACACACGAUAACGUUUUUGUUCAAUGGCGCCGAAGAAACGAUGCUCCAGGCAGGGCACGGUUUUAUCACGCAGCAUGCCUGGGCUGCCGAAGUGCGUGCCUUUCUGAACCUGGAGUCGUCUGGUUCGGGAGGGAAGGAGGUACUGUUUCAGGCCGGUCCCCAACAUCCAUGGCUCAUUGAGGCGUACGCUCGCUCCAUCAGGCAUCCGUACGCCCAUGCGUUCGGCGAGGAAAUAUUCCAACUCGGGCUCAUACCUUCGGAUACGGACUUUCGUAUGUUCCGUGAUUACGGUGAAAUACCUGGCAUGGAUUUUGCACACAUUGCUAAUGGAUAUCGGUACCACACUCGUUACGAUUCGAUGGACUUCCUGUCCCUGAAUGUCCUACAGCGCACCGGAGACAACAUUCUUCUACUUACGCGUGAACUAGCGAACGGCGAUGAGCUGGCCAUCGCAGAUCCUGCCAAGCUACCCGUCGGUCAAAAGGUGUUUUUCGAUUUUGUUGGAUUCUUUUUUGUACAAUAUGAUAUCGCAGCAAGCCGUAUCAUCAAUUUUUCUGUGUCUACUUUGUCCACCGUUGUUCCUUUACUAAUGUUACUGCAUAACCGUAAAGCACACGGCUAUCUGGAUGUCCUGCGAGAAGGGGGGUUGGGUUUGGUGGCUACCAUUCUGGGAACCGUAUUCAGCCUCGUCUCCUGUACGACUAUAGCGAGGCAGAUAGACUUCCUCGGCAACAGCAUGAGUUGGUAUACGAACACUUACCUGAUACUGGGAAUGUACUGCUGUCCAGCCUUGUUGGCACACUGUUUCGUGUACCUUUUCCUCACCGCAUUCUACUCAAACAGUAAGAGUGAACUGACUCAUGGUGAAAUGACCCAAGCGAGACUCGUCGGUGUCAAUCUGUUUUGGGCGCUAAUCACGGUGUCCGCCACGCUUGCCGGAUAUCGUGGUGCCUACAUAUCCUUGGUGUUACUUCUCUGCUCCCUCGCAUCCAGCGUGUUGAACGGUCUUCUCGGGAAUGGUAAAACCACCCGUAAAUGGAUCUACAUCCAUCUGGUGUUCCAACUACCGGCUCUUUUGUGGACCACCAACUUCUAUAAUGUUCUCAUCGAGCUGUUUGUACCGAUCACGGGACGAUUCGGUGGCACGCGCAAUCCGGAAAUAUUCAUAAGCCUUUUAGCUGCUGCUUUUACGCUGCUUUGCUGCAGCUACCUUAUCCCAUUUAUCGCGCAACUUCGCAGCAUGAUGAGCUUCACGGCAAAACUCUCGGCUAUGACCGUGCUGACUCUGCUUGUGGCGUUCAGCAGUCCGGUCGGAUUCCCAUACCAAGAUGAGAGCACGGCAGUGUCGGCCCCAACACCGCAGCGACACUAUGUUACGCAUACGUUUCGCGUGUUUCACGACGAACUUGGUCUGUACAAGGGCAGCGAUUCUGGUUACUUCUUCCAAGAAAUGGACCGCAACACCCGGAGAACAAUUGAAGAGCUAGUGGUUCCUGGUACAAAGCUAACACCAAUGCGUCAGAUGGAAUCGUGCAGUAACCAGUUAUUCUGUGCUGCACCGUUCUAUUCUUUGUGGCAUCAAAUGCGAUUCAACAACUACUGGCUGCCAGGACCGGAGCCCGUUUUCGAUAACAUGGUCACGAUGUCGUACCAGGGUACGGAGGAAUUAGAUGCCAACACUAAGCGGCUGCGAUUUGUCAUGGACGGUAGCAUACAAUCUUCCAUCAUGAUCGGACCAAAGGAGGGAGUGAAAUUGAUCCGAUGGUCGAUAAUGGACUAUGUGCCUCAACCGAUUCUCUUUGGUGGGCGCGAAGUAUAUUUCCUCUCGAUCACCCACGGACUCCCCGGAGCGCCGUGGCCCAUUUCUAUAGAUCUACAGUUUGCUCAACCGAAGGAGGUGGGCGAACUGGUGGAUAUUGUGGUGACGACCAAGUUCUGGGAGUAUCAUCAUAUGCAUACAUCCGACUUUGACCAACUUCUCGCUUCGUUCCCAUCCUGGGCACACGUCGUGCCUUCUGUGGCGGUGGUUAGUGUGUUUCCUCUGUAAAUUGGGACCUCUGGUUUGACUCGAAACGGGACGGUGUUCAGUGGAAUACGGGCGAAUUAGUGCAAAUAAAAGGAAAUAAAACGACUCA